UGGAUCAACUCAGAAUUAACUCAGAACUGUACCCUCUUAACUCCAGUGACUGUAAUCGAUAGCCGUUCUCACUGUCUGCUCAUUUCAGCAGCUUCUCAUUAAUAAGGAUUAUUAUUUUCUAACGCAGCGAUCAUUUCUGGGACGGAAACCAAAUCCAACUUUAAUCUUGUAGCGUAGCAUGAGAGAGUGGAUUGUUGCCUGUUUGGAUGAUAGACAGAGGAAUCUAGUCUCUCCAGAUUCUUUGCUCAGUCACUGUCUCCUAUAAGAUAAAGGUUACAGGGAUAGUCUCAGAUGAGCCGCAUUUUUUUCAGGUUAAGGCUUGAUUGACGUCCCAUCCCGCAAUUUAACGCGCUGAGUGACAUGCAUGUCAAAGAUUAGAUGGAGCACUUUUUCUCCACGAAAGGCCUGUUUACGAAGCCCCCCCCGACCCACUUCAGUGCUCUGCUAUCUUUAUGCGGCACAGGCUGAAGACCCAAACAAACUAGAUCUGUAUCCAAUUCCAAAAAGGGCUCAGCCUGCCAAGUGGGGAGCAAUAUGGUGGGGAGUAGUGAGUCAGUGGAAACAGCUGAAGUUAUCAGAGGAACAGAACAUUAUGUGUUUAUUACACAGACAAUUAAAUCCCUCCGUGUUGGGGGUGUUUUUUUUGAUAAAAUGUCAUGUUGAUAAGGUUGAAACAGCUGUUGAGAGAACUUUUGAAGGUUGCGUCCACAUUUAAUGUCAGCAGUUUAGAUUGUGCUGAUCCAGCGUGUGACGAAUCAUUCCCGCGUUACCUACCGCUCUGUGUCUGGAUUUCACUCUGCUUUUCUCUCGCCCGUUCUCCCCAGGCCUCACACUUUAAAACACACACCUCUCAGCACCCUGUACGCCUUAUUAUCAUGCCCAGCUAGGAGCUCGCCCUCCGCUGCUGCUUGGAAAUUUCCGUAGAGCAAUCCUUGUCCAUUGUUUGGGGUGAGGGAGUGUGUGUGGGGUGGACAGAGGGAAGAAAAAAAGAUAGAGAGGGAGGCAGGGACUGGGAGAAUGAGAGUAUGUGUGUGAGUUUCUUUUGAGGGAUAAUGACCCAUGAGGUUGGAGGGACUUGUCUGGGAUUUUUGGAACCUGGAUCCUCAUCGGCAUGCAUCGCAAUCUGGGACCUGCACUGAGCCUACUGCACUGUGAAGGUGUGAACAACCAGAGCUACGUCUGUGAGUCCGGACACUGCUGCGGGGAGUCCCUGUGCUGCAGCUACUACUAUGAGCUCUGGUGGUUUUGGUUGGUGUGGGCGAUCAUCUUCAUCCUGAGCUGCUGCUGUGUGUGUCACCAUCGCCGCACCAAACAACGUCUACAGCAACAACAACGGCAGCACGAGAUCAACCUCAUCGCCUACCGCGAAGCACACAACUACCCCUCCGUGCCCUUCUUCUUCAGGUUUCUGCCAAACUACCUCCUGCCUGACUACGAAGAGGUGGUCAACCGGCCCCCGACUCCCCCCCCUCCCUACAGUGCCUUACACACAGGCCCAUCCUCAGUGGCUACUAGCCCCCUGGCUCCUGAUCAGCAGGAGGGACACUGUCCAAACAUCCAGCCCACUCCGGUGCCCCCGGUCUCUGACAGUCUGUGCAGACCCGGGACAGAGGAACCACAGCCCCCCACCUUAGACUUGAGGCCAAAGCCUGACAACAAGCCGCAAGAGUCUGGCGUGAUACCGCUGUCAGAUGGACUCAGGGAGGGACUUAGCAGCCCGGAGAAAAGGAGCGGAGGUGCGGAGGACUGCUGCAAGGACCCCCUGUUGAAGGAGCCGACGGAGGGUCCUGCUGAGGACAAAGAUCGACUCCCCAAUGGACGGAGGAGGCGAUUCACGGGGGACUCCGGGAUUGAGGUGUGUGUGUGCGGCUCACGAGGGAGCAGCGGUUUUAGUGGAGCUGGAGGGACAGGCCAGGAGGGAAAGGAGUUGAGGGAGCUAGAGAGCCUGCUGGGGCAUGAGGGGGUAGAUGAGGAGCAGGGGGGAGAGGAGGAGGAGGAAGAAGAGGAAGAGGCGGGCGACUUCUGCGACAGCUGUGGCAAUCGAGCCUCCUUCAGUGUGGAGGAGGAGCAGGCGCCGGGCGAGCCGGAGAGGCGGGUCGCACCCGGGCCUCCUCAGCCGGCUAACCAAACAAGCGGUGCCGCGGCCCACCCCCCCGUGUGCCUCCUCCUCCACACCAUCAACGAGCAGGAGGGGCCGCACCUCGGCCCCAGCACUGAGCCGCAGGGCUGACACACACCUGCAUGUCGGAGAGGGAAGAGGCUUUUGUAUCUGACGGGUGUUUUAUGUCUAAAUACUGAGUGUGAGUAUAUGUGUGUAGAUAAAACAGGUGUGGGAGCGGGAAGUUGAAACUCAACGAAAUAUGACUGAGAGAGUUAAGAAAACCUGCCCCCCCUCACACUGGAACGGUGGCCUUAACCUGUGUGUUUUUGGGUUACGUUCGGGCAGUCCAAGCCCCUUUAACAAGCCUGGGGCAAAUUGAGACUCCUCACACUGAAUCUCACACACACACGCACACACACAGUCCUUCAGUUGACCUUGUCAUGCAACAGAAACUACUGACACACAGUCAAAGACUUGAAAGCUAAAGCUGUGACGUCAGGAAGGGACAUUCACUGCCCUGGAUUAACGCAGCUCUACAUUUUGGGUGCUUGCAACGUUUCUACCAAGCCGUUUUUCAAGGCAGGAAACUAGGUAGUAAAAAAAAAAAGGAACACACAGCAGGAACAUUUUUGGGUGAGUGCAAUGUGGAUUUGCCACUGUGCGUGCUUAUGCAAACUGAUACUGUACAGGGACGCUAGAACAAGGCUGUGUGUGACGUCCCAUCAGAUUUCAGAAGUGCUUUUUUAGCUAUUUAAAAACCGCUCUGCCUUGUGUGUGUUUGUGUUGCUCUCUAUCUGCCCCAGCUAGUCAUAGACAAGUAUAAGUGCAUUUACAAAUGUUCAUGUGAGCAGUUCCUAUUUUGCACAAAGUGUAUUUAUCUUUAUAAAUGAAACUUUAAUGGCUUAAACAAAUCAAAACAGAAAUAGCAUUCAGUCUUAAAUUGCAGUUACAUAAUUUAGUGUCUUAGGGUUUUGGGGCAACAUCAAUAAGAAAUGGACCUCUGUGGAUUGUUAGUAGGGAAUGUAACAGAUUCACUCUGUACACAAUCACUUAAAAAAAAAUAAUGGAAUGUUUGUAGUAUGUGCCUACGCUCCCCAAAGAAAAUGCAGAACUUUUAUGAACAAUGACGGUUUCUAUGAAACUGAGAGACAAUGAGAAAGCAGGUACAAAAAAUAAUAUAUAAAAAGCUUCUUAGAGAUUACAGAUGAGAACGUCAGACCUCAAACUCAGUCACUUCUAUACAUAACCACCUUCACCAGCUAUACAAAUAUUGACACCCUGUACUGGAAUUUCAUAGUAGCACAACCUGAAUACACUUUUGCUGUGGUAUUCAUCCAUUACACAUCAAUAGCAGCUUCCUGUAGGGUCUGUUAAAUUGGAUUUAAUUAGACUGGUGCAAUUUAACCAAAAUAGCUAUAUGAACAGCUAUAUAACUAUAAAUAUGUUUUACUAAUUGAUGACUCAAUAUAAUGCACUGUGCUGUACAAUCUGAGAGAGGAAAUGUUCCGUGUAUGUGUAUUUUCCUUUAUUUUUAUACCAUAAUUUAGUCUGUUAAAUGGAGUAAUACCUAUAUGGGGACUUGAAUUAAUGAAUAAAGUAAAAUAAACCAAGUAGCAAAAAAUAAGAUAAGGUAAUAAAAUAAGUUUUGGUAGUUGUCCUUUGUUAUUAUCAAUACCAGUAAACAAGAGGAUAUUACUUGUUACAUGUUUUAUGGACAAACAUUACAGUUUAAAAAGCAAUAUUGAUAAUGCUGCAAUGCGAAUAGAAAGCAAAGACCACCGUUGUUCCAUCAUAAGUAUGUUGUAAUGCCUUUAAGAUCGUGAAUGUUUUAAAUCUAACCUUUUAAUCCAGAUUUUACAGAAGUUCUGAUGAUAAAUGGGCCAUGAAAAAUGACACUGGUUGUAACAGGAGCAUGCUAUGUAAAACUUUUACAAAAAUAAGUGAAAUUAGACUGUCCAUUCCCUAAAGCGAACUGGAACUUGGUGAUGCGACAUGUCAUUGUGUCAUGAUAAUGUAUUUUUUUUUCUACUUUGGAGCACCCUGAAAAAUGCACACGUCCCAAUGUUUGCAAAGCACAAAUGUUUCCUUUCACAGAUUUCUAUAUAACGCUAGAUUUUAGGGCCUAAAACAAUCUAACGAGAUCUCAAAACUUCUAGCACAAAUUAAAUUGUAUCGUGAACUUUCUGUAUAAGCAGUAAGAUGAUUGAAUCUUACCCAUGAAUGCCUGAACACUCUAAAGUGCUUUAUUUGUUAAUUCUUUUUGUGAGCUAAAAAGUGAUAUUGUGAGAUUGUGGUACAUGUAGUAUCAAGAAAAAAUAUUUUUCAUAUCGACUGAAAACCUUUAAAAAAAUAUUGGAACUGUAUACAAUUUCAGAACCACUUUUUAUUUGAAAAUAUGUAAAAAUAUACUGUAACAUGUUUUGUGAACCAAAUAGUUGCUUUCAUAAUUUUUAUGAAAUCAUGAGCUUUAUUGUUAUGGACAGCUUUUCUCAUUAUGGCUAUUAUUUGUUUCUGUUAUGAGAAGAUUUCACUUCUUAAGCUGUGUGAAGGGUACGUUUUGACUAACAAUACAGUCGAUACAUGUAAACAAGAUCAGGGGCAUCUUGCCAAAGACACCUUUUCUUUCUUAAACCAGUGUGUAUGGUGGUUUUGCACGUAUUCUUUGAAUGUUCUGAUCAGCCAUUUAUUACAACCAACAAGAUGGACGUAUGUUAAAUAAAACAUGCCCUUUCAAAUUCAAGCUGACUCUUGUUAAGACUGAGUGAAGCUCUAUUUUUGUGUGUGGAAAACUAAACUUGCACUUCUAAAGACUGAAUAAAAAAAGUAUAACAUGCA